CGCUGACGCGAGGUGGGGCAGCCCCCGGUUCCAGCAAACUACGGUCACGACGUUCGGCCGAUGUUUGACGCAAGGCUAACGGAAGAACGAUACCUUUAUCUACAACACAACCUACCUUUAGGCUUCUGAUUUUCCUAGUCAAAAGCACAAAACGACGUCGACACUAGUCAAUCUGCUGUCAAGGGAACAAGGAUCUUUGGUUUCCCCCCCAAGAUAUCCUAAUUGACCGCCCGUUGGGCCCCCGGCCAUCAUGACGGAGGUGAUCAUGACGCAGACGCCUCCUGUACUAAACGGGCCCUCCGAAAAGGAGAAGAAGUACGACAGACAGCUACGACUUUGGGCCGCGAGUGGUCAAGCAGCUCUUGAGUCUGCCAACAUCCUCUUGGUCAGCUCUGGUGCUGGGACAGUUGGUGUAGAGACCCUCAAGAACUUGGUGCUGCCCGGCAUUGGUCAGUUCACCAUUUACGAUCCCGCCACAGUGUGCGAGUCCGAUCUGGGAGUCAACUUCUUCCUGGAUGAGGAUUCAUUAGGGAAGUCGAGAGCGCAAUGCUGCACAGAGAUGCUGCUUGAGCUUAAUCCUGAAGUUCAUGGAGAGUGGCACCCAAAUAGCGAGUCUGGCGCGCUCACCCUUGCGCAGCUUCUUGAAAAAUCGCCAACUUUCACCAUGAUCAUCUAUUCUCACCCCAUCACCGAGGCUGACAAGGACCUGCUCUGGACAUACGGCAGCAAACACAAAACACCCCUCAUCUCCAUGCACUCGGCUGGGUUCUACUCGUACUUUCAGGUGAAACUGCCUGGCGCAUUCCCAAUAGUAGACACUCAUCCUGAUGAGACCGCCACCACCGACCUACGACUGCUUACACCUUGGGUAGAGCUGCAGCAGUUCGCCAAGGAGCUGACGUAUAAUAUCGACAGCCUUGAUGAUCACGAACAUGGUCACCUGCCGUACGUGGCGAUCCUGCUCCACUAUCUGGACCAGUGGAGGGACGCACACGAGGGGCGCUAUCCGACGACAUACGCAGAGAAAAAAGAAUUCAGGACUCUAGUGUCACAGGGGGCAAGGAUAGGUAACGCCACGGGACCAGAAGAGAAUUUUGAGGAGGCCGUUGCUGCAGUGCUGAAGACAAUAUCGCCACCUUCGCUACCAGAUGGCUUGAAGGAAGUGUUCCGAUACCUGGACUCUCAUAAAACAGAGGAAAGGACAGGCUUCUGGCUCAUCGCCGCGGCUAUACGAGAAUUUUGGGAGAAAAACAAGUGUCUGCCUGUUCCAGGCAAGGUGCCCGACAUGAAGGCGCAGUCGAAUGUAUAUGUCCGCCUUCAAAACAUCUACAAAUCAAAAGCCCGGAAAGAUGUAGCCGAGGUCCUCGAUAUUGUGCGGACCUACCCUGGUGGCAAGGAGGUCGAUCCUUCAGGGGUGGAACUAUUCUGCAAGAAUGCAGCGUUCGUCAAGCUCAUCAACGCAGCAGAAGACGGGACCAACGGAGAUCGGCUAGCGAAGGUUGUGGAGGACGAGCUAGCCAACGAUGCCAUCGCCGAGGCGAGCAUGUUGCCACUCUCUUUAGUCCCAAUAUACUUCGCACUGUCCGUCACCGCACACGACCCCACUGCUACAAGGGAGCAGAUUAUGAGUGCUAUCAAAGACUGCGUGCCUAGUGUGGGUGACCACGAGCGACUAUUGGAGGCUUCGGAAGAGGUUGCCAGGGCGGGAGGCGCAGAGCUUCACAAUAUCUCGGCCUUGACGGGCGGCAUGGUCGCGCAGGAGAUGAUCAAGAUCAUUACAAAGCAAUACAUCCCAGUCGACAAUACAUGUGUCUUUGACGGCAUCGGGAGCCGCUGCCAGACACUUCGUCUCUAAAGUGGGGAGGGGGGCAGGGCAGGCGGCGGAGAACACCAAGACCCCGGGACUCUCGACGCGAGCUCAGCUAAUACGGGCUGACGAGAAUACGCAGAGGUAUAAUUGGGCUUUGAUGACGAGAGGUCGUUCUCAAAGUAGCAUCGACACCAAAAAUGCGCAAUCUGGCUGAUGUGGGCAUUUGUCGGCACUGACCUUGCACAUCCGGACUUUUAUGACACAAUUUCUCACUGCAUCCACAAGUUGUGUAAAACUGGCUCAGAGACGGAAGUAGUGCGCUACGUACAUGUCAGAAAAAAGUCUGGAGAGACUAAUCAGAGUCUAGAGUUUCUUCCCCGGAAUACUACGAAUUUGCAUAGGUACAGGUCAAGGUUGCGAAAUAACAAAUGUGAGCAGUUACCCAGAGCUAUUUUCGUGCAUUCACCGCCAAGGCCAUUGGCCAACUGGGUAUUUACUUUGAUGCUCACCCGUUCCGACCACGU